CGUAGAAUUCUCUUAUUUCGAUCACAUUAAGAUUUACUCAUCAAAAUCAUGCAUCUUUUGUGUUGUAACCAAAAAAUCAUGCAUCUUUUAUGCUGUGUCACCGCCGUGGCUGACAAAAACACGGCGGCAGUACGUCGUCGUCCACCGCACGCGGCUGCUCCGAUGAACGAAAGUGAUAAUCUAGGGAAUGGAAUUUGUGGAAUACUAUACAAAUGGGUAAAUUUUGGUAAAGGGUGGCGGCCCCGUUGGUUUGUUCUACAUGAUGGUGUGCUUUCGUAUUACAAAAUUCAUGGACACAAGAAAAUUGUGAUUAAUUUAGAAAUGGUAAAAGGAUUCAAUGUUAUAGGGAAGAAAUCAUUUCGGUUUAUUAAUAGCUCUAAAUCAACCCCUUACAAAUCCCUCGGCCGCAAACCAUUACGUCAAAUCCAGGUGUCAUCAGUAAUGGGAAGUUGUUCAGAUGAACGGCGGUUUUUGAUAAAUGCUGGGAAGAAGAAGCUGCAUUUGAGGGCAGAGACUAAAGAGGACAGAUUAACAUGGUUGGAAGGAUUGGUUGCAGCUAAGAAGUCAUAUUUAACAAAUGAUUUUGUUCAUAUGCCAAGAAUGAACACUAAUUGCAAGGUUGCAACUCAAGAGAGCAAGAUGAAAGGAAGGAACGCGAGUGGAUCAUAUGAAGAGCAGUAUAGGCAAGCGGAAACUGAGGAUGAUGUUCACACCGAUAACUUGUUUUUUGAUGCUAAAGAUUUUCUUUCCUCUAGUUCGUUAAGAAGCACCGAGCCUUAUGAUGAAAGCUCGUCUUCUGAUUCUGAGAAUGAGGAGGUUCAUCCAUCUGAAGAUGGUCUUAGUUCUUUUAUGAGAUUUGUUGAAUGUGACUAUCCGUAUAUAAAGCGAAGAGAGAAAUUGCCUAAUCCAGUUGAAGAGGAAAAGGGAGUAAGCCUAUGGUCAAUGAUCAAAGAUAACAUUGGAAAGGAUCUAACUAGAGUUUGUCUUCCUGUGUACUUCAACGAACCGCUCUCUUCUCUGCAGAAAUGUUUUGAAGAUUUUGAGUAUUCUUACCUUCUUGAUCAAGCUUAUGAAUGGGGAAAAACAGGUAAUAGCUUUAUGAGGAUGCUGAAUGUAGCAGCAUUUGCUGUAUCUGGAUAUGCUUGUACGGAUGGUAGAAGAUUCAAGCCAUUCAAUCCAUUGUUGGGCGAGACGUAUGAAGCCAAUUACCCAGACAAGGGACUGCGUUUCAUCUCAGAGAAGGUAAGUCAUCACCCCUUGACUCUUGCUUGCCAUUGUGAAGGACGUGGUUGGAAAAUGUGGGGAGAUACUACUUUAAAAAAUAAAUUUUGGGGUCCAUCAAUUCAACUUGAUCCAGUUGGUGUCCUUAACUUAGAGUUUGAUGAUGGAGAAGUAUUCCGGUGGAGCAAGGUAACAACUUCAAUCUACAACCUCAUUUUAGGGAAACUCUAUUGCGAACACUAUGGUAUGAUGCAUAUCGAAGGAAAUGGCGACUACUCUUGCAAGCUUAAAUUUAAGAAGCAGUCCAUUAUGAAUAGAAAUCCACACCAGGUACAUGGAGUUGUACAAGAUAGGAGUCCAAAGACAGUGGCGACUGUGUUUGGGAAAUGGGAUGAAAGUUUGUAUUACUGUAACGGGGAUAGCUCAUCGAUGGAUUUAGGACAAGAUAAGGCAUAUUUGCUUUGGAAGCGGCGCAAAUCAUCAGAAUUCCAAACAAAGUAUAACUUUACGCGUUUUGCAAUCACCCUUAAUGAGCUAUCUCCUGAUCUUGAGCAGGAAAAGUUGCCUCCAACAGAUUCAAGGCUUAGACCUGAUCAAAGAUAUCUUGAAAAUGGAGAGUAUGAAAUUGCUAAUUCAGAAAAGCUACGUCUAGAGAAGAGACAACGCCAGGCAUCAAAGAUGCAGGAAAGAGGCUGGAAACCAAGGUGGUUUACAAAGACAAAAGGUAGUGAUACAUAUCAGUAUAAAGGAGGAUAUUGGGAAGCCAGAGAAACUGGUAAAUGGGAAUCAUGUCCAUAUAUUUUUGGUGAAGUUUCAGAUGAAAUUUGACCAUCUUUUUUGGCAGUAAUGGCCAAGUAAAUUGGAAUAGGAUGUGAAAGAUAAAACCACGAAAUAUAAAUAGAUAGGAUAGACUUGUUUCUUGUGCCGAGGGUCUAUCGGAAACAACCUCUCUAUCCUCAAGGUAGGGGUAAGGUCUGCGUACAUAUUACCUUCCCUAUACCCCACUUGUGGAAUUAUACUAGAUUGUUGUUGUUGUAUAAUAUAGACUUGUGAAAAAUGUACUCGGAUAUAGAGUUGGAGGUUAAAGAUGGACAAAAAAGAGGCUGUUUUGCCUUUUACUUGUACUACAACAACAACAACCCAGUAUAAUCCCACUAAGAGGUUGUGAGUUCGAGUCUCCCCAAGAGCAAGGUGAGAAG